AAAAAUUAUUUUGUUUUAGAUCGAUCUUUUAAAAUCUAAAAGCUAUCUCUUAGAUUUGGCACGGUCUUUAACAUGUUAUAAACAUAACAACAUACAUAUUCCUGAACCAUACACUAUGACACCUGAAAAAAGAAGAACCCAUGAAAGCCUAAAAAUUCAAGAGAGGAUGUUGGGGAAAAAAAUUACGCAGUCUAUUGGUUGGGAAAACUUUAAAGAUGUAUUUAUGGUAUCUGCAAUCCAUAGUCUUGGUUCAUCAGAUAUCGAGGAUUACCUGUUACAAAAAAGCAAACCAUCUCCUUGGAUAUUUCCUAAAGAUGUAUUGACUGAUAAAGAAGACCACAAAUUAGUUCUACAUAUGAUAGAGUCAACAUUGUAUGAUUUUUUACCCAAUGAAGUUCCGUACAACUUAAAAGUAGAAAUGGAAUAUUAUGAAGUUUCUAGAGAAGGAAAUAUACAUAUUGUUGUUUUAAUUCAUUGCAAUACACCAAGGAUAGAGAAGCUGGUGAUGGGAAAAAGAGGCAGUCGUAUCAGGAACAUUGCUAUGAAAUCUGAACAACACCUUAGGAAUCUGUUUUUAACUGAUGUUUUCCUCAAAAUGGUCGUCACAGAUAAACCAAAAUAUUCUACACAACACAUGGCAGAUACUUAAAGUCAGUAACCCGCCAUAUGCAAUCACAACCAUUGCAUCUGUUAAAGGUUUUUUUUUUUUUAUUCUUAUUACAAUGUUGUUAAUUUUUUUGUUUCAAUACAAAAUUUAUGAAAAAAUAUUAUUAAUAAUAAAAAUAAUAUUAUUAUAAAAUUAUUUCACUGAGUUUCAGUGCGGUGUAUCAAAUGAAAUUGAAACUGGCAGUUAAUAUUUAAUAAUUUUGUUGACCCACCUACCCCUUCAAACAACUGUUAAACGUGCUUGACUAAUUAUAUUAUAUAAAUAAUUUUACAACAUUUCUCUGUUUAAUAAAGUUACAGCAAAAGGA